GAUGGCACCUACAGCAGAGGGAGUGGAUGAUAAAGGACAGAAAAAUGUCAUCAUUUUCAACGCUUCUAAAAAGGAAGUAUUCAAUCUUAAUAACGGAUACAAAAGUUUGAACAGAAAGCUAAGGGCAUCAUGGAAACUCGUUACUAACAAGGAUGAAAUCGUCGAGGACAAGUUAUCUUCUGCAAGGGUGUUGGUGUUGCCAGGGCCCAGAGCGAAAUUCAUGGCCUCAGAGUUUGACGCUAUCAAAAGGUACAUGGAACAUGGUGGCAGCGUUCUGGUGAUGAUGGGUGAAGGUGGCGAAAGCCGUUUUGACACAAACAUCAACUUUCUGUUGGAGGAGUAUGGUAUUAAUGUGAACAAUGACGCAGUUGUUCGAACAUGUUAUUUCAAGUACUUUCAUCCCAAAGAAGUUUUGGUGUCGAAUGGUGUGCUGAACAGGGCUGUUCCUGAACUGGCUGGGAAAAUUGUGUCACAUUUACCAGAAGAUGACAUGAAUACAGCUCAAUCUUUAUCAUUUCUAUAUCCAUACGGGGCCACUCUUAAUGUGAUCAAACCAGCAGUUGCCACCAUGUCUACGGGAUCUGUAUCGUUCCCUGUGAACAGGCCUGUGUGCGGCAUGUACUCUGCUAAGUACUCGGGAGGGAAGUUGGCGGUGAUAGGGUCAACACACAUGUUCUCAGAUCAGUACUUAGACAAAGAGGAAAAUAGCAAAGUUUUGGACAUGCUGUUACGCUUUCUUACUACUAAUGAUGUCAAGCUCAAUCAAAUAGAUGCUGACGACCCAGAUGUAGCUGACUACAACAUGUUACCAGACACCUCUAAACUGGCUGCCGAAGUGAAAACCUGCCUUCAAGAAGGAGAAGACAUUCCAAGGGACAUCACCUCGCUGUUUGACAACUCACUCUUUAAGUUAGAUACGUCACUGGUGCCCAAAGCCAUUGAAGCCUAUGAAAUGACGGAUGUGAAGCAUGAACCACUUACGCUAAUAACUCCUUCAUUUGAGACUCCCCUGCCGCCCAUGAACCCUGCCGUGUUCCCUCCAUCCUUCAGAGAGUUGCCAGCCCCAUCUCUUGACUUGUUUGAUUUGGAUGAACACUUCUCGUCUGAGAAGGCCAGGCUUGCGCAGAUAACCAAUAAGUGCACAGAUGAUGACCUGGAGUAUUAUGUGCGAGAGUGUGGGGAUAUUCUGGGUGUGUCCUUCAAUCAGCCUCAGGCUGCCAGAGAUGCUAAGCAUAUUCUAGAACAUGUGUUUGUACAGGUGGUGGAGUUCAAGAAACUGAAUCAGUUCCAUGAUUUAGAUACUGGGCAGUAUGGAGAUGAAACUUAUGAUGUGGCCUGAUGAUGGUGUGUACUGAAACAAUGACUGUGCUUUCUACACGUUCUAGACAGACAACAUCAAGUUGUGCAGAAUAUGGACAUAUAUGAAUGUGCUCAUUGCACUGUAAUAGUGACUAAUCAGUAGAUGUAUUGGUGUGGAUGAAGGAGCUUGUGUUUCCACAGUGGCCUUGAAAGAAAAGAGUUCUCAGAUAUUUUAUUGUAUAUAAUUUGAGUUAUAUACAUCUUUUUCUGUGUUUCUAAUGGACUGUUCCAUCAGCUACUAUUGAUGUAAUUAGAAGUAACACAGCAUAGGCAGAGUUACAUGUAAGAUGUACAGUUUGGCGGUAAAAUGUCUUGUUUGUAUAUUGGAGACUAGACAUCUGAAUUUCCUCAUAACUUUUAAAUCUUAUGUAUAGGGGCAGUAUGUUACAAUAGAUUUUAGCAUAAUAUUCCUCUUGAUAUUCUGAUGUGAGUUGUUUUAUACCUGCCAUAGUCCAUAAACAAAGACCCAUAAUUGUUGCUGUUGUGAUAUCACUGAUUGUACUAAAUUCGAGAAUAGUUCAAAUGUUCAAUGUUGAGUCUUGCAAUGUAUAGAAAAAAGAAAGUUUAUUUUAUAUACAUGUAUUAUCCGUCCUAAACUUUUGUUAGUUCAUAGAUAUUCAUCAUAUAUUUUUUACAAAGUUUCAUCUUUGUGAACAUUUUAGUGAAGUUGUGCUACAUUUUUUGUGAUUCAUUGUUUAACUUGACAUUGCGAACAAUAAAGUUUUGAAGGU